GUGAAGAUAAACCAUGACCAAGGCAACUCUUAUAAAAGAAAGCCUUUAUUUAGAGCUUGCUUACAGUCUCAGAGGUUCAGUCCAUUUUCAUCCUGGUGGGUAGCAUGGAACAGUCAGUCAGUCAUGGUGUUAGAGAAGUAACUGAGAGUUCUACAUCCAGAUCCUAAGGCAGUAGGAAGAAAGAGACUCUGGCCUUGGUAUGGGCUCUUUGAAACCUCAAAGCUCACCCCCAGUGAACAGUUCCUGGAAUAAGACCAUACCUUCUAAUCCUUUCAAAUGGUGGUGACCAAGUAUUCAAACCUAUGAACCUAUUGAGGGCCAUUCUCAUUCAAACCACCGUGCUUCACUGUCUCUGUCUCAAAAAACUAGAGGUGGCUCAGCAAUCAACUGUGUGUCUUGCUCUUGCAGAGGACUUGAGUUUGGGGUGGCUCACAAACCUCUUUUGAUGUCUCGGUUACCUAUGCUCCCAUGCAAAAGCCUACACAGAUCCACAUAUAUGUGUAAUUAACAAAAUAAAUCUUGAAAUAUCAAGCCGGGGCAAGGCAAGAUAUUUUAAUGAAAAACAAAGCAGUAACAUUACAUGACAGACAUGGGAAAUUUCUAAGGGAUGUACUUUCACGAAGAUAACUGAAGACCCAGAGAUGUUAAAGAGCGAGAAGCAAGAAAGAAGAGGCAGCGAGGGAACUGGCCAUCAUAAGAUGAAGUCUAAAGGAGUGCUCAUUGUUUGACCACAGGAGCAGUAACAAAAACAGGUAAUUUUUAAGUUAAGCAAAAUGGGCAACACCCUAUAGACCCUAUAGACUAAGAGGAUCCAUUGGAGCUUACUAUAAAUUCUUUUUAUCAUAUGUAAAGGGAUACUAAUUAGUUUAAUGAUUAUAAACUAUAUAACUUAAGUGUAGUCGUGACUCUGAAAAGAAAGACUGUAUCACUUCCAAAACAAUGAGAGGAAGGAGAGGGAAACAAAGAGAGCUUGAUCAAUUAAACGGAAAGUGGAAACAUAGAAAAGCGCCACACAGAGAAAGGAUAAGCACAAAACAAAUAAUAGAAAUUAAUUAAGAUGGUCCCUCAACUGAAGAAUGGAUAAAGAAAAGGUGGUACGUCUACACAAUGGACUACUAUUCAGCUAUUAAAAACAAAGACAUCAUGAAAUUUGCAGGUAAAUGGAUGGAACUCCAGAUGAUCAUCCUGAGUGAGGUAACCCAGACCCAGAAAGACCCGUAUGGCAUGUGCUCACUUAUAACUGGAGAUCAGCCAUAAAGUGCAGGGUAACCAUGCUACAAGCCAAAGAAGCCAAAUUAGAGGGAAGGUCCAAGCGAGGAUGUUUGAAUCUCAUUUGGAAGGGGGGGUAACAUAAAUCUGCAACUGGUGGGGGUGGGGAGGUGGAGGGCAUCUCGAACACUUGACAGAGACCUGGCAUAGGGGAGGUGCCUAAGAAUCAAUGAGGGUGACCUUAGCUGUGACUCACAGUCUUGGGGACAUGGAGCCUGAAGAGGACACCUCCUGUAGCCAGGUAGGAACCCCAGUGGAGCGACAGGGACAUCAACCCACCUACAAAACUUUCCAUCCAAAAUGUAUCCAGUCUACAAGAAAUGUAGGGAUGGAAGAUGGAGCAGAGACUGACAGAAUGGCCAACCAACAACUGGCCCAACCAGAAACCCAUUCCAUGGGCAAGCACCAAUCUCUGACACUAUUAAUGAUUCUGUGCUAUACUUGCAGACAGGAGUCUAACAUGGCUGUCCUCUGAGAGGAUCCACCCAGCAGCUGACUCAGAUGGAUGCAGAGACCCGCAGCCAAACAGUGGAUGGAGCUUGGAGACUCUUAUGGAAGACUAGUGGGGAAGGAUUGAGGGCCCUGAAGAGAAUAGGAACUCCACAGGAAGACCUACAGAGUCAACUAACCUGAAUCCUCGAGUCUCUUAGAGACUGAAACACCAACCAAAGAGCAUACAAGGGGUGGACCUAGGUCUCAGCACAGUUGUAACAGCUAUGCAGCUUGGUCUUCAUGUGGGUCCUGAACAACUACAGAGGGAGCUAUCCCAAAAGCUGUUGCCUGUCUAUAGGAUAUGUUCUUCUAGUUGGAUUGCCUUGUCUGGCCUCAGUGGGAGAGGAUGUGCCUAGCCCCGCAGAAACAUACUGAGGUAGGGGCAGUGAUCGGGAUGUAAAGUGAAUAAAUUAAUUAAAAAAUGAUCAUUAACACACACACACACACACACACACACACACAUAUGGUGAGAGAAAUAGAUAUAUAGAUAUAUUGAUAAUAGAUAUAUAGAUACAAAUGCUCACACUGGUUUUCAUUUUUAAUGCUUAAAAACAUGUAUAGUAUAUAUUAAACCUUAAAAAAUUUCAAACGAUUUUAUGAGUUUUGUGCUUAAACUUUAUGUAUUUGCACUGAAUACAUGCAGUGCUUCCUGAGGCCAGAAGGGGGCAUCCGAACCACUGGAGAUGGAGUUACAGAUCCUUGUGAGCCAUCCUGUUGGUGUUGGGAACUAAACUGGGUCCUGUAAAUGCUCUUAAUCACCGAGCCAUCUCUCCACCCUUUGUUUGUUUGCUCUGUUUUUGUUUUUGGAGACAAGGAUGGUCUGUGUAGCCCCGGCUGUCCUGGAACUCACUCUGUAGACCAGGAUAGUCUUGAACUCAGAGAUCUGCCUGUGCAUCACCAGGCCUCCCUUGCUUGGUUUUUUUUUUUUUUGAGAUGUAAUUUCAUUAUGUAGUCCAGGUUGUCCUAGAAAAUCCUAGGAUUUUCCUCCUUCGGCUUCAAGAUACAAGGAAAAUCUUCACAAACUGCACAAAGACCAGUAUUGUCCAGACCAUCUUUCCUGGGUCAUAAUGCAGGUAGAAAUCAUUAAUAGCUCGUCCACAAACUAUAUAGUCUCCAUUUGAAAAUGUAAACAAGCAUAUUCUUGUAACCCCCGACCAAAAAUAUAUAACAGAAAACUAAAAAAUGAAAUAAAAAUAUUACAUAUCAACACCUAUAACUCAGACGACGAGUGGAGAUUACCCAUGCUGAAUGUUUGUGAAGAACUUAGAAAAAAAAAAGAAAUGAAACACAAGAAGUGAAUCAGAUAACUAUCAGAUAAACUCAAAAGCAAUGUAGAGAAAAACAAAGUAGCAUAAAAAAAGAGCUGAGCAAACCCAAAAGCUCGGAGGCUGACGGACUGAUGGCGGUGAGUUUGAGGAGGCCUGGGAUACAUCGCAAGACUCUCGCUCAAACAUCGAAGAGCAAAAAGCUGAAUCUUAAGAGAUUCUUAUUCCUAGAGGAAGAAAAAUCAGACUCAAGAUGAGAUGGAAUAUGAAUAUACCUUUAGCUAUGACAUAAUCAGGAAUAAUAAAUACACACAUGCACGUGCGCGCGCGCGCGCACACACACACACACACAGAGUGGGGAUCUAGACAGCUUAUAGUCAAUCAAUUUAGCACUCAGAGUUUCACCUACUCCACAGUGAGGAGGUCUGAGCAGAAGUUGGGUGUAGUCUUCUAGGGGAUGGUUUAAUCUCCGGCUUACUUAGACAGCCAACAAGCUGAGCUGCACUGUGUACCAGGGCUUGGACACAGCAGAACCAGAGAGGCUAAUAAGACCCGUCUCUACAGGGGGCCCACCUUCUGGCAGGGAAAGACAGAUGCUAAGCAACAACAAAAAGGCAUCACAGUGCCUUGAAAGACAAUGGCAGCCUUACAAAAGAGAAAGCAAAAUCUGCACAGAAGUGAGCAAUCGGCAAAGAAGCACGGGGUGAGGUGGGUUCACAAAGGGAGAGAUGCAGCCUGGGAGAGGAAAGGCAUCUUGGAGAUGGCCUGGGUGAGCUGAGUAAUAGGAGGGAGAAGGAUGCUUGCAGGAAUGAUGGAUGGAAGGAAGGAAGGGAUACCCACGGAUGUGGGAGAGAGGCAAAUUACCUAGCAGACAGAGGAACCGACAGGGCCAAGCAAGGUCAACCAGAGGGCCAGUGGGUACGAAUGGAAGUAUGAAUCACAGGCCAGAGUAAACUUAGGGUGUGGAUGUGCUGAGCAUGGAGAUUUGGGCAUCUCCAGGGGAUGCUUAAGUAGUGGACCCAUGGAAGUGGCCUGGGGGCAGCUGCAGGAACAGGGGGCUGAGGACGACUGCUGUGUAUUUGCUCCCAAUCCCAUCCACAUGCCCUGCACUCGUUACAAAUCUUUCUCCACCCCCAAGUCUUUUGAAGCUGUGUAACCGAAAGUGCACCAGGAGGAGGGGAAGAAGUGUGUGGCUAGCCAAAAUAAGAUCUUUCCAGAAUUUUGGCCCUGGUGAAAGGAAGGAAUAAGCAAACCACCCUGGCAUUUGAAGGUAGGGCCAAGGCAGUGUCCUGUCACCUUCCCUGGGAGAUAGGGGGUCAGAUGGGCCUGAGGGAGGGCAGCUGGGGCUGCUCAAGUGGCUUGGGAGAGGUAAGGAGGAACCUGAAGUUAUCCUCAACAAAAUAAUUGCUAAAACACCUCUAUCCUAUUAAUUAGCUCUCCAGGAACCCAUUGGGAAAGACACCCAUGUGUUUCUGGGCAUUGUUACUGUUGUUGUUUAGCAGGGAGCAGGCUGGGGCACUGUGAGAUUCACUAAGAGUGGGCCAGGCACUGUGCAGGCCACAGGCUUGAUGUCACCCUGGGAGUGUGAAGGCUAGUUGGGGCCAGAGAUGGGGGUCAGUCUGCAGGUAGCUGGUUAAAAAAAAUACUUUCUCCCCCCAAAGCUUGGCAACAAAGAUCAAACAUAAUUAGAUUCACUCAGCAAGGGAGGUCAGGGGAGGCUUAAGGGCUCCCACGAGGUCCAGUUUGGGAUAGUAAGCCUGAAAGGGUAAGACCCAGGGCUCUGGGUCCAUUCAGGUCAAGGACAUGUCUACAGAGUGCCCAAGGCUGGCCAGCUGCCUGAUUGAGGACAUGGGAUUCCUCCACUCCUGUCUUAUCACUGGUGAUCUCUAGCCAUCAUUUUCCACCAGCAGGCAGCUAGUUUAGGGGAAAGGGGAGCUGGAAAUAAAAGAUGGGUGGAGAUUUUGAUGGGAGGGACUGGGUUUAGCCAGAGGGAGUUGGGGCAGGGGUCAAGGCGGAGAGGAAAGAGGCAAGGGAGGAAGAUGUUAGAGACUCCAGGGUCAGGAAGCAGAGUUUCCUCUCUGGGUUGGAACACAGGAAACCCAGCCCCGAGCUUCCCAAGGUGCUUCCUGGAGAUAAGGGAGACUCUUUCCUCUCCUGCUCCUCUGACAUCCUGCCCUAAGCCCUAGGGUACCCUAAGUUGCACCACUCAGGCACACCUUGGGAGGGGCUUGGAGGUCAGAGCCUACUGGGGCUUCACUUCCCCAAGCACGGAGGGGUCCACCCAGGCUUGAGGGUAGCAGGGAACAGACGUACAGAGGCACUGGAGACUCAGCUCUGCCGGUCGGCCUGUGGGUCCUCUUGCCCCGACGCGUUCCCCACCCAGCUCUAGAACCCUCCGUCACCCCAGUACGGUGGUCUGCGACGCUCGCCUGCAGCGGAAGCGCGGCGUGCCAUCCCCCCGCUGUGUCAGCCACUCCCCCUCGACAGCCAACCCCCCCCCUCUUCGGCGCGGGCCCCCGGCCCCCGCCCUCUGCACCACACGCCCACGCCGCCCCGACCCCGCGGGGGACCCCAGUUUCCCGGCCCCGGGCUUCCCAUCCCCGCCUCCGGCGCGGCCCCCUCCCCGCCUCCGCUCCGCUCCGGGCUCGGGCCCCCUCCCCCCGCCGCCCCCGCCCCCGGGGAAGGCAGGCGCCGCUCGAAGCCGGGGCCGAUGCAGCUAAACCGUGCCGCCGUCGCCGCCGCCGCUGCGCCUGCGGAGCCCCCGGAGCCGCUGUCCCCCGCGCUGGCCCCGGCCCCGGCCCCCCCCGGCCCCCUCCCGCGUAGCGCGGUCGGCGGGGCUCUUGCGGGGGGUCAGGGGGGGCCAGGGCGCCGCGCGGAGUCCCCGUGCGCUCCUCUCUCCGCCGGGAACAGUCCGGGCCCGGGCGCUAGCACCGGGAUGGACGGCCCCGGGGCCAGCGCCGUGGUCGUGCGCGUCGGCAUCCCGGACCUGCAACAAACGAAGUGCCUGCGUCUGGACCCAACCGCGCCCGUGUGGGCCGCCAAGCAGCGUGUGCUCUGCGCCCUCAAUCAUAGCCUUCAAGACGCGCUCAACUACGGGCUAUUCCAGCCUCCCUCCCGGGGUCGCGCCGGCAAGUUCCUGGAUGAAGAGCGGCUCUUACAGGACUACCCGCCUAACCUGGACACGCCCCUGCCCUAUCUGGAGUUCCGAUACAAGCGGAGAGUUUAUGCCCAGAACCUCAUAGAUGACAAGCAGUUUGCAAAGCUACACACAAAGGCAAACCUGAAGAAGUUCAUGGACUAUGUCCAGCUACACAGCACAGAUAAGGUGGCCCGCCUGCUGGACAAGGGGCUGGACCCCAAUUUCCAUGACCCUGACUCAGGAGAGUGCCCUCUGAGCCUUGCGGCACAGUUGGACAACGCCACUGACCUCCUGAAGGUUCUCCGCAACGGCGGUGCUCAUCUGGACUUCCGGACCCGAGAUGGGCUGACAGCCGUCCACUGUGCUACCCGCCAGCGGAACGCAGGGGCAUUGACGACCCUGCUGGACCUGGGGGCUUCGCCUGACUACAAGGACAGCCGCGGCCUGACGCCCCUGUACCAUAGUGCCCUAGGGGGCGGGGAUGCCCUCUGUUGCGAGCUGCUUCUCCAUGAUCAUGCACAGCUGGGGACCACUGAUGAGAAUGGUUGGCAAGAGAUCCAUCAGGCCUGUCGCUUUGGACACGUGCAGCACCUGGAGCACCUUUUGUUCUAUGGGGCCAACAUGGGUGCUCAGAAUGCCUCGGGAAACACAGCCCUGCACAUCUGUGCCCUCUACAACCAGGAGAGUUGCGCGCGCGUCCUGCUUUUCCGUGGUGCCAACAAGGACGUCCGCAAUUACAACAGCCAGACAGCCUUCCAGGUGGCCAUUAUUGCAGGGAACUUUGAGCUUGCCGAGGUAAUCAAGACCCACAAAGACUCCGAUGUCGUACCAUUCAGGGAAACCCCCAGCUAUGCAAAGCGACGGCGUCUGGCUGGCCCGAGUGGCCUGGCAUCCCCACGGCCCUUACAGCGCUCAGCCAGUGAUAUCAACCUGAAAGGUGAUCAGCCCGCAGCUUCUCCAGGGCCCACUCUCCGAAGCCUCCCUCAUCAACUCUUGCUCCAGAGGCUUCAGGAGGAGAAAGACCGUGACAGGGAUGGUGAACUGGAGAAUGACAUCAGCGGCCCCUCAGCAGGCAGGGGUGGCCACAACAAGAUCAGCCCCAGUGGGCCCGGCGGAUCCGGCCCCGCGCCCGGCCCCGGCCCGGCGUCUCCCGCGCCCCCCGCGCCGCCGCCCCGGGGCCCGAAGCGGAAACUUUACAGUGCCGUCCCCGGCCGCAAGUUCAUCGCUGUGAAGGCGCACAGCCCGCAGGGCGAGGGCGAGAUCCCGCUGCACCGCGGCGAGGCCGUGAAGGUGCUCAGCAUUGGGGAGGGCGGUUUCUGGGAGGGAACCGUGAAGGGCCGAACAGGCUGGUUCCCAGCUGACUGUGUGGAAGAAGUGCAGAUGCGACAGUAUGACACCCGGCAUGAAACCAGAGAGGACCGGACGAAGCGUCUCUUCCGCCACUACACUGUGGGUUCCUAUGACAGCCUCACUUCACACAGCGAUUAUGUCAUCGAUGAUAAGGUGGCUAUCCUGCAGAAAAGGGACCAUGAGGGGUUUGGCUUUGUUCUCCGGGGAGCCAAAGCAGAGACCCCCAUUGAGGAGUUUACACCCACACCUGCCUUCCCUGCACUCCAAUACCUUGAGUCUGUAGAUGUGGAAGGUGUGGCCUGGAGGGCUGGACUUCGAACUGGGGACUUCCUCAUUGAGGUGAACGGAGUGAAUGUCGUGAAGGUUGGACACAAGCAAGUGGUGGGUCUCAUCCGUCAGGGUGGCAACCGCCUGGUCAUGAAGGUUGUGUCUGUGACCAGGAAACCCGAGGAGGAUGGUGCUCGGCGCAGAGCCCCACCACCCCCAAAGAGGGCUCCCAGCACCACGCUGACCCUGCGGUCCAAGUCCAUGACGGCUGAGCUCGAGGAACUUGCUUCCAUUCGGAGAAGAAAAGGGGAGAAGUUGGAUGAGAUCCUGGCAGUUGCCGCGGAGCCGACACUGAGGCCGGACAUUGCAGAUGCUGACUCGAGGGCGGCCACUGUCAAGCAGCGGCCCACCAGCCGGAGGAUCACCCCUGCUGAGAUCAGCUCAUUGUUUGAGCGCCAGGGCCUCCCAGGCCCAGAGAAGCUGCCGGGCUCUCUGCGGAAGGGGAUUCCACGGACCAAAUCUGUAGGGGAGGAUGAGAAGCUGGCAUCCCUACUGGAAGGGCGCUUCCCACGCAGCACGUCAAUGCAGGACACAGUGCGUGAAGGUCGAGGCAUUCCACCCCCGCCGCAGACCGCCCCGCCACCCCCACCCGCGCCCUACUACUUCGACUCCGGGCCACCCCCCACCUUCUCACCGCCGCCACCACCGGGCCGGGCCUAUGACACUGUGCGCUCCAGCUUCAAACCAGGCCUGGAGGCUCGUCUGGGUGCGGGGGCCGCCGGCCUGUAUGAUCCGAGCACGCCUCUGGGCCCGCUGCCCUACCCUGAGCGUCAGAAGCGUGCGCGCUCCAUGAUCAUACUGCAGGACUCUGCGCCAGAAGUGGGUGAUGUCCCCCGGCCUGCGCCUGCCGCCACACCGCCUGAGCGCCCCAAGCGCCGGCCUCGGCCGUCAGGCCCUGAUAGUCCCUAUGCCAACCUGGGCGCCUUCAGUGCCAGCCUCUUCGCUCCGUCGAAACCACAGCGCCGCAAGAGCCCGCUGGUGAAGCAGCUUCAGGUGGAGGACGCUCAGGAGCGCGCGGCCCUGGCCGUGGGUAGCCCGGGACCAGUGGGCGGAAGCUUUGCACGAGAACCCUCUCCGACGCACCGCGGGCCCCGGCCAGGCAGCCUUGACUACAGCUCUGGAGAAGGCCUAGGCCUUACCUUCGGCGGCCCUAGCCCUGGCCCAGUCAAGGAGCGGCGCCUGGAGGAGCGACGCCGUUCCACUGUGUUCCUCUCUGUGGGUGCCAUCGAGGGCAGCCCUCCCAGCGCGGAUCUGCCAUCCCUACAACCCUCCCGCUCCAUUGAUGAGCGCCUCCUGGGGACAGGCGCCACCACUGGCCGCGAUUUGCUACUCCCCUCCCCUGUCUCUGCUCUGAAGCCAUUGGUCGGUGGUCCCAGCCUUGGGCCCUCAGGCUCCACCUUCAUCCACCCUCUCACUGGCAAACCCUUGGAUCCUAGCUCACCCUUAGCUCUUGCUCUGGCUGCCCGGGAGCGGGCUCUGGCCUCGCAAACACCUUCCCGGUCCCCCACACCUGUGCACAGCCCCGAUGCUGACCGCCCUGGACCCCUCUUUGUGGAUGUGCAAACCCGAGACUCUGAGAGAGGACCGUUGGCUUCCCCAGCCUUCUCCCCUCGGAGUCCAGCGUGGAUUCCAGUGCCUGCUCGGAGAGAGGCAGAGAAGCCCCCUCGGGAAGAGCGGAAGUCACCAGAGGACAAGAAGUCCAUGAUCCUCAGCGUCUUGGACACGUCCUUGCAACGGCCAGCUGGCCUCAUUGUUGUGCAUGCCACCAGCAAUGGGCAGGAGCCCAGCAGGCUGGGGGCUGAAGAGGAGCGCCCCGGUACUCCGGAGCUGGCCCCAGCCCCCAUGCAGGCAGCAGCUGUGGCAGAGCCCAUGCCAAGCCCCCGGGCCCAGCCCCCUGGCAGCAUCCCAGCAGAUCCCGGGCCAGGUCAAGGCAGCUCAGAGGAGGAGCCAGAGCUGGUAUUCGCUGUGAACCUGCCACCUGCUCAGCUGUCCUCCAGCGAUGAGGAGACCAGAGAGGAGCUGGCCCGCAUAGGGCUAGUGCCACCCCCUGAAGAGUUUGCCAAUGGGAUCCUGCUGACCACCCCGCCCCCAGGGCCGGGCCCCUUGCCCACCACGGUACCCAGCCCGGCCUCAGGGAAGCCCAGCAGCGAGCUGCCCCCUGCCCCUGAGUCUGCAGCUGACUCUGGAGUAGAGGAGGCUGACACUCGAAGCUCCAGUGACCCCCACCUGGAGACCACAAGCACCAUUUCCACAGUGUCCAGCAUGUCCACCCUGAGCUCGGAGAGUGGGGAACUCACGGACACCCACACCUCCUUUGCCGAUGGACACACUUUUCUACUCGAGAAGCCACCAGUGCCUCCCAAGCCCAAGCUCAAGUCCCCGCUGGGGAAGGGGCCGGUGACCUUCAGGGACCCGCUGCUGAAGCAAUCCUCGGACAGUGAGCUCAUGGCCCAGCAGCACCAUGCUGCCUCUACUGGGUUGGCUUCUGCUGCUGGGCCCGCCCGCCCUCGCUACCUCUUCCAGAGAAGGUCCAAGCUGUGGGGGGACCCCGUGGAGAGUCGGGGGCUCCCUGGGCCUGAAGAUGACAAACCAACUGUGAUCAGUGAGCUCAGCUCCCGUCUGCAGCAGCUGAAUAAAGACACACGCUCCUUGGGGGAGGAACCAGUUGGUGGCCUGGGCAGCCUGCUGGACCCUGCUAAGAAGUCACCCAUUGCAGCAGCUCGUCGUCCAGCCUCUCCAUCCCGCACGAACCCAAGGAAGUGCGCUUCGUGGUGCGAAGUGUGAGUGCGCGCAGCCGCUCCCCCUCACCAUCUCCGCUGCCCUCGCCUUCUCCCGGCUCUGGCCCCAGUGCCGGCCCGCGUCGGCCAUUUCAACAGAAGCCCCUGCAGCUCUGGAGCAAGUUCGAUGUGGGCGACUGGCUGGAGAGCAUCCACUUAGGCGAGCACCGAGACCGCUUCGAGG